CAGCAGAAAGAAGAGGAAUGAACAAAAAAAUUAAAGCUGAAAAGACUUCAGACGAGUAUGAAAAUGUUAUCUCUAGUAAGCCCACCACAGGUACAUCAAAUGAAUCGCUGAAUGACGACCACGCGUAUGAGCCGAUAGAGUUCAAAGGUUACAAUGGCAGUGCAGAUUGUGAGGCAAUAGAGAAAAGAAAUCGCACGGGGGAUGGUUUAUCUGCAAAUCAAGGAAAACAAGAUGAGUUGAGUGGCAGACCUCCAUGUAUUAACAUAAUUAAAAAAAUUCUGACAAAGAAGACGGUUGUGAUUGGAGCUGUCGUUAUCAUUAUUGUUGGUAUUUUAUUAGCAGUUCUAAGGAUGAUGUGACAUAAAUGCUAUCUGGGGCCCUUUUUCCACGAAUUAUAUGUAAUAUAUAACGAUGUUGGUAGUUUUCAAACAUGAGUGAAUAAAUACGACGCCUUUUGAAUAAUUUCAAUAGUUCAGACACAUUUUAAUUAUAAGGGAUACUGCAUUAUCUUUGAUUUUUUUAGACCCUAUCACAGCUAAAUUUGGUCAGGUUUGUGAGAAUAUGUUCUUUUAUGGAAAGAGAAUGGGCGGGUCUUAGUACAAAAGAGGGAUAUGCGUGUCCGAGAAGACCUUAUAUGGCUAUUGUUUUUAUUUGGCACAUAGUCAUUAUCAUCGGAUUGUCCAAUCCGAUGACAGAACAACAAAACAUACUGGUUUACUACGUUUACAUUUUAUCACAGACACGUGGUUUAAGUCAAUGUACCUGUUAUCCUUUUCUACAUUUCAAACUUUUAUAAUGGUCAGCUAAAUGAGGAAAUUGUACCUACCUGAACGCGUAUAUUUUAAGGGCUUCAAAGAGUGGGGCGGGAUUAAAAUGCAAUGGGAAUUGGAUGUAAACAUGAUACCCCUACCACAUUAAAAGAUCUAUAUCUUUCAAAUCACGUUUCUAUUUUUGUUUAAAAUAGUAUUCUAUAAAGGUACACAUAUCAGUGAUUAGUUAUAGACAGAAAUUUUAGUAAAAUUUAGACAUUUAUUUUUUUUUCAAUUUACCGGGGGCCGCAA